CGUCAUUCGAUGGUAACGCAGUGAAAAGUGACGACGCCUGUUUACGCUAGCGCCAUUUAUAUUUUUCCAAAAUGGCGCAGCUUCUCUGGAUGUUCGUUUUUGCGUGUUCCAUACAAUUUGCAAGAUUCCAAAGUGCCGGGAAAGCAAGAGAAAAUAAUGCUCCUUUAAGAGCUCCAACUUUCAUAGACAUGAAAAAAUUUCGUUCUGAGCUGCUAUAUCCUCAUGACAGAGAGUAUCUGAUUGAUACAAUCAACAGAGGUCAAGCUAUAAGGGAUACUCCUUUAAUAUUCCGUUUACCUUUCUUUGGAUUUGACUUCAGGUAUAUAUGGAUACACAGAGAUGGUUAUAUUCUUUUUAACAAAGGCCUUCUUGAAUAUCCAUCCCCAGUAAAAUUUCCCACACCUUUCAUAAGAGAUCCAUCUAGGGAAGAAGAUCCUUCUCUUAUAGCACCAUGGUUCAGUUAUCAGGACAUUCCAAAUUCAAUAGAAGGAGCGGGUGUGUAUUCACAGUUGAUCAACCUUGCUAGUCAAAACGAUGAACACCUGAAAGAAAGAAUCAGGCUUGAUUUCAAAGAUGCUAUGAUAGGUUCCGCAGAUUUUGAACCUACAUAUGCCCUCAUCGUUACGUGGAGAAAUGUUACGCAUGCUAACCGGAUGCCUACUAGUCAAUUAAAAACUAAUACCUAUCAGGUUGUUAUCGCAACUGAUGAAAAAAGAACGUAUGUUAUGUUCAAUUACGAUGCUAUUAAUUGGAUAUCGGACAAGGACAAUUACGAUGGGCAAAAAGGUAUUCCUCCGUUCAUAGGUUUCAAUGCUGGAAAUAGAACUAGAGCAUACGAAUUUGAGCCUUAUUCUCAACAGCCUCGAGUAAGCCGGCUACCCUCCUUAGGAUUCGGAAAUGGUUUGCAUGGUCGAUUUUAUUUUCAAGUCGACGAAGAAAUAUGGCCUGGAUGCUGCAUCGAAAGACUUUUGGAUGUCAACUGGCCAACAAGGCCAAAGCUUACCUUUUUCCCACGUUACGGCAGUAUGUUAGGGGGUACAAUGGUGAAUGUAACUGGACCAUGCUUUUCAGACCCUCGUAGUAUCAUUCGUUGCAAAUUCGACACCCUUGAAACUGAUGGCAUUUACAGGGAUCAGAACCAUGUAUCUUGCAUUUCCCCUCCAGUCAUGUACCAUGGUUAUGUUGAUUUAUCAGUGUCAGUAGAUAAUGGUCCUUUCCUUUUUUAUGCAAGAUACUAUGUUCAGCCUCCAGAUAUGGUGGAAGCUGAUGUAAAUGUUUUAGACCGUAAGGACAAAGAAGAAGCCCCAGAGCGCUUCACAGUAAAAUGGAAGCAUGAAAAAUUAACAAUGGAUGAAAGAGCUCCUGUAACUAUAGCGCUAUGGGGAUACAGAGAGUCAAAUGAAAAUUAUCCGAGACUAACUUACAUCGAUUUAUUAACAGAGGAUACAGUUAUCAGUGGAGCUCGCCAAUACAGUCUUGAUUUAGAUGUUUAUAAAAAUCGCUGGAACUGGGAUAAACUGGACAUAUAUUUUGGAUUCAUUGCUAUCAAUCUCACCGAGCCAGAAAUUCUGAGAGAUGGCUCUCGCCAAUCUCCUGUGCUAUGGUCAGGUCCUUUGCCUCUUGCCUGGUAUUUCCGUCAUCAGUGGCAUCGAAAGUACGGCAAAAAUUGGAAAAAAGAAAUUUGUGAAGAUUGGUACUUCAGAGAGAAGUACAGCGAUCGUUUUGCUAUCACUCUUUUUCGUUGUCCUUGCACUGUAGCCCAGGCAAAACUCGACAGAGGAAGAUUCGCUCCAGACCUUCAAUGUAAUGAAAUUGAUCGGAAAUGUGAAACAUUCCACAAAUCUGCUUACCACUGCGUUCGAUCUGGAAGACCAGCUGUAGGUGGGGCAGGACAGCUAUGUUGUUAUGAUGACCACGGUGAACUCAUAAGGACUGGUGAUACGAUGUAUGGAGGAAGACCAGCUAGAGCAUUUCAAUUUGGAAAGCAUCCCUUCAAGCAAAGGAUGAUGAUACCAGCUCUAUCAUACUGGCUACAUGAUGUCUCACCCUAUUUCUUUUGUUGCAAGUGGGCAGACGGGGAAGAUGAUGCUGAAACAUGUGACAUGUUUAAAUACUGGAGGACUUCUCAAGAUUGUUCCCUUUACCAAACUCCAGGAGUGGGAUCUGUUUAUGGAGACCCCCAUUUUGUGACUUUUGAUCGUGUAAACUACACUUUCAAUGGAAAAGGCGAAUUUGUUUUAACAAGAGUUAAUCACAGACUACAUAAAUUGGAUGUACAAGGGAGAUUCGAGCAGCCUGUACCAAAAUACCACUUCAGUCCACCAAUAAAUGGUACACGAUUGAUGGCUAUUGCUGCAAAAGACAACAUUUCUUCUGUAGUAGAGUUUCGUGUUCGACCGGCUCCAGCCAGAUGGCAGUAUCAUAUGUACAUCAUCGUAGACAACGAAUAUGUCUAUUUUUGGGACAACAGUCUUCGAGUACAGUACUUCAAAGGAGUAACUUUGUUCCAACCGGCCAACGUAUACAACAUGUCUCAUAUUGUAGCCAUGUUUGACUCAGGCGCAGGUGUUGAAGUAAUGGUGGAAAAUGGUCACAUGGCAGCUCAUGUUUAUUUACCUGUUUCCUUUAUAAAUAAGACAAGAGGACUGUUGGGAAUGUGGUCCAGAAAUAAAGAUGACGAUUUCAUUUCCCCAGAAGGGGAUUCUUACAUAUCACCAGAUUCAUCAACUUACGAUAUUCAUCAGAAAUUCGGAAUGGCAUACCGUGUAUCUGAGCUGGGAAACAGCAAAGUUGGAAGAUCCCUUUUCUUCCAUAAUGCCAUACCUUUCUCACAGUAUGAUAAUAUUUCUUUCGUACCAGAAUACCAGACACCCCCACCAAUACCAAAAAACUUCAGUUAUAGACCUGAGGAAGUCGACGCUUUAUGUAGUACAUCAGUUUCUUGCAAAUUUGAUUUUAUCGUGACUGGUGACAGAGAAUUUGCUUGGGCUACUCGGAAUCAUGAAAAUUAUGCUCAGAAAUUAGCCUCGGAUGUCAGGAAGGAUAUAGUGCGAUGUCCAGAACUCAGCAAGCCCAGGCAUGGCAGAAAAAGUGAAAUUCGAUACUACGUUGGAACAACUGUUCGAUUCACUUGCGAUGAUGGGUACCGCCUUGUUGGUUAUGAGAACAGAAGAUGUCGCGAAACGGGUCUCUGGAGCUGGGGUGUCGAUCCACAGUGUAUCAGUGAAGCUGACUACGCGAAGAAGGUAAUUGGAAUAUCCUUAGGAAUAAUCUUACCUGUUAUAAUUCUUGGUAUUUUACUCUGCAUCUUUCUUGUGCAAAGAACGAGACAUCGAAAUCAUCACCACACUGGAGAAAAAGGCCAGCAAGUAGGUUUCAUGAUGCAGCCUAAACCUUAUAUAAAUAAUAGAAAUGGUGCUGGAAAUGGCAGCAGCAAAGUGUCGGACUUUUAAGUAAUGUGAAGAAUAUUUUCAUCCUUGUAUUUUAUACGAAUUUUCGGACUCUAUGACUCUCGGUAAGAGAUAAAAACUGUGCAUACCAUGUGAAGUUCAAGACAAUUCGAAACUUCCAGAAAAUAUGUUGCCUUGAACUCGAGAAACAAACAAAAAUAUUUCUGAGAUUGCAGAAACAAAAAUAAUUAAUUAUCGAAAUGAAAUAUGAUGCAGCUGAGUGAGGUAAGUUUUUUUUUUUUUUUUUUUUUUUUUUUGUGCAGACUAAUAAGUUUACGUGUCAAAACUAUAACAUAAUAGUUACGAACAAUUUUAAAAUUAAAUUUCCUUUCCAUUUUAAAUGAGGAAGCUUGAUAUUUUAAUAUCCAUCUUUUUCUGUUUUAUAUGACAAUUUACUUGUGGAAUUAAUUAUUUACAGCGGUUUGUUAUUUACAUUUGUGCUAUAUUUGCUUUGAUUAUCAGUAAAACUGAAAGUAAUGUAAAUGAAUUUUUAAGCUUCUGAAAUAACUGUAUUCCUACAUAAGUAUUGUACAGAAACUUCAUGCAUACAACUAGAUUAAAAAUUUCUAUUUUUUAAAUUAAUAAUUGGAUAAUUGUCGUUUAUAUGAAAUCAUUUGUCGUUUAUAUGAAAUCAUAUAUCAUUUGAAUUACAAUCUAUGUCAUUAUUCAAGCAUCUAAUUUUAUUACUGCACAAAAAUUGUACAGAAAUUUCAUUAAUAGAGUUUGAUCAAAAUUCUUGUUUAAACAAUGCAUAAUCAUAGUUAAAAUGAAAAUCUGUUUCAUUUCUGUAUAUCAAAAAUAUGUCUUUAAUGAUGAACUUUCAGUUAGUUUUGAAUAAGAAAUAUAUGUAGAAUUGAUUGUAAUUUAAGCAAUCAUUUUUCUGGUAGGAAAAGUAAUUCAUUAAAUGUCACGAACAUUAUUUUGAUUAUUUCUGAACUCACUUGAUCAUCGGAAUCUUCAGUAAAGGACAUUUAACUGAUUUAUGUAAAUGAAAUUUUGCAGUUAUGUAUGUUCUGUUGUGUUUUUAUAGUUAGCUUAUUUUUUAUCCUUCUAAUGAAUGUAGUUAGAAAGAAAAACUGUGUCAUUUUGAAUAUUGUAAAAGUAACGUCCUGUGAAUAAAAAUUCCAUUUUCGUGGAAAAUUGUGAAAUUUUUUUAACAGAAUUAUGAUUUAAUAUAUUAAAAUAUGUACGUAAUUUUCUUUUAAAUGUGUGCAUUCAUUUUAUUAAUUAAUUUUGGUUAGCAAAGAAUUGUAUAUAGUUACUAGAAAAAUUACAAUGGAUUCUUUCUAAGAAAUUAGAAUAUCUCUUGAAAACUGAUUAAUUUAAAUACUGCACAUGUGUGAGGAAUAAAAAUAGUUAUUAUGUAUCUACACUGUAAAACGUGUGUGAAAAAUAGUAUAUCCAAGUGAUUAAAAGUGAGAAACAUAUUGUAUAAUAUAUAUUUUAUUUUAUUUUACAUAUUGUAGUCAUUAGAGAAUAAUAAUAAAAGAAUUUCACUCUCAUCA